UGUCGGUUUGUUCGGGACCUUCCAGAGGAUUAUACAGACUCCGAUGAGUAUGGAAAAACCAAUGAAACUGAUAUAUACUUUAAUGAUAUCAUGUCGGAAUAUGAAAAACACAAUUGCUUGCCCCAAGGGCUCUCGAAGGCUGGACAGAAGAACUUUUACAAGUUGAUCGUCCGCUGGUCGAAUGAAGUUAAACAAAUGUUUCUUAAUCCGAAGCUUUUCAUUGUUGUCGAGGAGGCCAAUAAGGGCCGGUCUUUUAAGGUGAAUUUUGGAUCGAUGCAAGGGUGGUGCAAUUCCACCGAUGAUGCAUCUAGUCAUACACCAUAUACCAGUUCAACUACUACUUCGAUGCCUGAAAUAAAUGAUUUCCCAUACGUUUGUUAUGAUGAAAGUGUAGUUGGCCGAUGGUUGGUCCCAGAAACUAAGGGCUUUAAGCAAUUAGACAAGCUCAUAAAACGAUAUCCUGAUUUUCUCGAAAAAGUUCAUAAAUACGCGAUGAGGUACUGCUGUCCGUACGGAGCAAUUCGGGAUAGACUAGAAAUUGUUAACGAUGGCAUUGACUUUCUCCACGACCUCCAAGGUAUUAAAGCCUUUAAUAAAGUCGAGUUUACGGGUUCAGUUAUUCACGACUUUUCCAAUCUUAAAGAUAGACUAGAGUAUCUUAUUUUAACAACUAUCAAAAAUGGUGGUAAUUUCACGACUGGAAAGUGUUGCUAUGGUUUUAAAGAUCAACUUAAAAAACUUGGAUAUGAUUUCGAAAACAAUCUUAAGAAUUUAAUCUUGCCCAAAACAUAUUUCGAUAAUUUUACCCAUUUAUCGAAGCAAAUAAAGGAUAUUAAUGAUAUUGAAAUAACAAACUUGGCCAAGACAAUUCAAAAUCGCAAGAAAGAAUUCAAUGCCGAAAAUGAAAAGUUCCUAAAACAAUUUGAAGGUUACACAAAAAAUAUGGAAGAGAAAAUUGAAGAAUUUAAAAAGAAAAAUAGUGUUAUGGAACAUCGUUUAAUUCAAUUAGAAAAUAAACUAAUAAAAACGCCAACAAAGUUUGCAGAAAGACUUAACCAUAUGGAGGUCGCAUUGAAAGCAAUAUCUAAAUUGUAUGGACUACCUGAAGAAUCCUACUUGGGUCGCAUCGAAUUGAUCCACAAAAAUCUUAAGGAUCUCAACGAGUUCAUAGAUAGAAUGGAGCGCAAUGCUGACGAAUGCAUUUAUGAGUGUGACUUAGGAGAUUUGCCUUCCAUAGCCCAGUUAUUGGCCAGACUUAAAGUUUUGAAAGAAAAACUGGCAAAAAAACAGUCGAAAAAGGGCCCAAGAAAAAUUUAUCGAACAUAA